GCAUGGAUAGAUUAGUGAAAAAAGAAAAUUAUGGCUAACAUGCAUGAUUUGUUGAUGUGACAUUGCUACAUGGAUAGGAAAAAAAUAGAUAGUAGGUUUAGGAAUAGAGGAUUCCAUGAAUAUAUCCACAUUCCAUGGCCGUAUCAGCUUACGACCUGUCGACACCUUGUUUCCUUUCUAGAAACAAACAUUGGUCAACUUAAAAAAAAGAAACAAGUGCCGGUGACCACCAGAGACCAUCUUAGCGCACCUUUUUUUCCUUUCUAGAAACAAUACUGGUCAAUCCAUUUGACCAACUAGUGACUACGCUGACGCUGCGCACAAAAGUAGGCUGUGAAUCUUGAAUUGUCACAGCAAAUCACCACAUGCCAACGAUAAAUCCGUGCAAACCCACAUGCAAGAAUCCAUAAAUCCGUGCGCACAAAAGUACUUUUCCAUGGCAAACUUUCCCGGGCCCUUCCUCUGCUUCGGAGCACCCAAUCAGCCCAAGAAGAGUCAAAGCACUCUGAGGGCUCUGGGCUGCCGGCGAAAUGCUUAUAUACAGUGCCUCCUCCACCUCCAGGGACAGGAACUACACAUGGCACGGUGCAGGCUGGGCUCGUCGAGCACACCAGCAGCGCAAGCUGUAGCUGCCAGGAAAUGGACGCGACAGCAGAAGCUCGCAGCGGAGAAGGAGCAAGCCACGGCGGCGAGCAAGAAAAAGAUGACCAGACGGAGAAGAAGGUGUCGUUGCUCGGCAUGUUCAGGUACGCCGACAGCCUCGACGUGCUGCUCAUGGUGGUCGGCUCGCUGGGGGCGGUGGGCAACGGCGUGGCGGGGUCCCUCAUGUUGGUCGUCUUUGGAGACGCCAUCAACUCCUUCGGGGAGAGCACCACCAGCACCGUCCUCCCCGCUGUCACCAAGGUUGUUCUCAACUUCGUAUAUUUGGGCAUUGGGAUAGCAGUUGCUUCCUUUCUUCAGAUGUCAUGCUGGACAAUGUCAGGAGAAAGGCAGUCAGCCCGCAUCCGUUCUUUGUACCUGAAAUCAGUUCUGAGGCAAGAUAUUGCAUUUUUCGACAUAGAAAUGACAACUGGUGAAGCAGUUUCUAGAAUGUCUAGCGAUACGGUCAUAAUUCAAGAUGCUCUUGGUGAGAAGGGAGGGAAGCUUGUACAAGCCAUAUCUGCCUUCUUUGGGGGUUUUAUCAUAGCAUUCACAAAAGGCUGGCUCCUGACUCUUGUCAUGCUAACGUCACUACCAUUAGUUGCUAUCGCCGGUGCAGUGUCUGCACAGCUGCUAACCCGGGUUUCUAGCAAGCGACUAACAUCGUAUAGUGAUGCUGCAGACACAGUUGAACAGACAAUUAGAUCUAUACGAACAGUUGUGUCCUUCAAUGGAGAGAAGAAAGCUAUAGAAAUGUAUAAUAAAUUCAUAAAGAAAGCCUACAAGACUGCUGUUGAGGAAGGCCUUGUCAAUGGUUUUGGCAUGGGCUCUGUCUUCUGCAUCAUAUUUAGCAGCUAUGGUCUAGGGUUCUGGUAUGGUGGAAAGCUAAUCAUUGACAAAGGAUACACUGGAGGGAAGAUCGUCAUUGUUUUGUUUGCCGUAAUGACUGGUGCAACUUCAUUAGGUAGUGCAACACCAUCAAUUUCUGCAAUUGCGGAAGGUCAAUCUGCAGCAUACAGACUGUUCGAAACAAUAGAGAGGAAACCUGAAAUAGAUUCAGAUGAUAUGAGUGGCAUGGUCUUGGAAAAUAUCAAGGGUGAUGUUGAGCUAAAGGAUGUGUACUUUCGCUACCCUGCAAGACCCGGGCAGUUAAUAUUAGAUGGAUUAUCAUUACAAGUAGCCAGUGGAACAACAAUGGCCAUAGUUGGAGAGAGUGGAAGUGGCAAGUCAACUGUUAUCAGCCUAGUUGAAAGAUUCUAUGAUCCACAGGCUGGCGAAGUUUUGAUAGAUGGAGUCAACAUCAAGAAUCUGAGUCUUGAUUGGAUAAGAGGGAAGAUCGGCCUUGUUAGCCAAGAACCAUUGUUGUUUAUGACCUCUAUUAAAGAUAACAUAAUCUAUGGUAAAGAAAAUGCAACACUUGAAGAGAUCAAGAGAUCAGCCGAGCUUGCAAAUGCAGCAAAUUUCAUCGAUAAGUUACCAAAUGGCUACGAUACAUUGGUUGGCCAACGUGGCACUCUACUUUCUGGAGGACAAAAGCAAAGAAUUGCAAUUGCGAGAGCCAUCCUUAAAGAUCCAAAAAUCCUUUUGCUAGAUGAAGCAACAAGUGCAUUGGAUGUGGAAUCUGAGAGGAUAGUCCAGGAGGCAAUCAAUAGGAUAUUGGUAGAAAGAACCACACUUGUCGUUGCUCAUCGUUUGAGCACUGUAAGGAAUGUUGACUGCAUCACAGUCGUUCAUCAAGGGAAAAUAGUCGAACAAGGUCCACAUCAUGCAUUGGUAAAGGAUCCCAAUGGAGCUUACUCCCAGCUUAUUAGGCUACAAGAAACUCGUGGUGAUGAAAGACGUAAAAUACAGGAUUCCGAAGUGCCCAAUUCCUUAUCAAAAAGCACUAGUUUGUCAGUUAGACGGUCAAUGACUAAUGUUUCUUUUGGCAAUAGCAACAGACACUCCUUCAAGAACACAUUAGGACUAUCAGUUGAGUUGCAUGAGGAUGCAAUCACAGAUGAACAGAACAAUGAGGACCUUCCCGAUGGGAUGACCCUUCAGAAAGAAGCAGUUGGACGCCUUUUUUAUCUUAACAAACCGGAGGUACCAUUUUUUCUGCUCGGCGCUAUAGCAGCAUCAGUGCAUGGAGUCAUUUUGCCAUUGUACGGCCUACUAAUGUCUGGCAGUAUAAAAUCAUUCUACGAGCCACCAGAUAAGCUGCGAAAAGAUUCUAGCUUUUGGGCAUUGAUAUUUGUAGUUCUGGGGAUUGCAUCUUUCAUUGCAAUCACAGCAGAAUAUCUUUUGUUUGGAAUUGCUGGUGGCAAGCUUAUAGAGCGUGUUCGUACUCUGUCAUUUCAAAAUAUUGUGCAUCAGGAAGUUGCUUGGUUUGAUAAUCCCUCAAAUUCCAGUGGUGCACUUGGUACACGACUCUCAGUUGACGCAUUAAACGUUCGGCGCUUAGUAGGAGAUAACCUGGGCCUUAUAUUGGAUGUUUUUCAGGUUUUCCUUGUCUUAGUUUUGGCAACUCUUGGGGUUUCGCAGGCAAGUGCAUUGGCAUGUAAUGCGACAAAAGCAAAGGAUUCAGCCAUUUCUGUUUUCAGUAUUCUAGAUCGGAAGUCAAAAAUCAAUACAAAUAGCGAUGAGGGCAUGAUGCUGGAAAAUGUCACUGGCGACAUUGAAUUCAGUAAUGUCAGUUUCAAGUACCCAUCACGGCCUGAUGUCCAAAUAUUCAGUGACUUUACUUUGCACAUUCCUUCCAGAAAGACCAUAGCACUAGUUGGAGAGAGUGGUAGUGGAAAGUCCACAAUAAUUUCUUUACUGGAGCGUUUCUAUGAUCCUGAUUCUGGUAGUAUCUCAGUAGAUGGAGUCGAGAUUAAGAGCCUGAAAAUUAGCUGGUUAAGGGAUCAGAUGGGGCUGGUAGGCCAGGAGCCAGUUCUUUUCAACGACACAAUCCGUGCAAACAUAACAUACGGGAAACACGGGGAGGUGACAGAGGAAGAGGUUACGGGUGUGGCCAAGGCAGCAAAUGCUCAUGAGUUUAUAUCAAGCUUGCCACAGGGAUACGACACUCUGGUUGGCGAGAAAGGAGUGCAACUAUCUGGUGGACAGAAGCAGCGGGUAGCCAUCGCAAGGGCCAUUAUAAAGGACCCGAAGAUACUACUGCUUGACGAGGCGACCAGCGCCCUGGACGCGGAAUCAGAGCGCAUCGUUCAGGACGCGUUGGAUCGAGUCAUGGUGAGCAGGACCACCAUAGUGGUGGCGCACCGCCUCUCCACAAUCAAAGGGGCUGAUGCGAUUGCGGUCCUCAAGGAAGGCAAAAUUGCAGAAAAGGGAAAUCAUGAGGCCCUGAUGCGGAUCCAGGAUGGAGUCUAUGCUUCGCUAGUAGAACUUCGCUCAAAUUCCAAGUAGAACUGUGUAUAUUUGACAUUCAUUAUUUUCCUUUUGAUUCUUACUACUCCCUCCGUACCAAAAUAUAAGACGUAUUUGAACUACAAAAACGUCUUAUAUUUUGGUAGAGGGAGU